AGAGGGGGCGGAGUCUGCGGCAAAUGAACAAGCAGCGAGCUGCGGCGCUGGAGGAGAGCAGCAGAGAGAGAGAGGGAGAGAGAGAGAGACCGCACACGUCCAUCCAUCCAUCACCCCCAACACCGUUUAUCGCUAUCUUAGGUCGGUGCUGCGAUGUUGAUCCUGGAAGUUUUCUCACCGCUCCUCCUCCUCCUCCUCGCAAUCCUGUUGCCGCGCUACGGUUGCCGGGCGGCGGACAUUCCGGAGGACACUACAUCAGAGUUCUCGGUCAGACUGUACCACAAGCUGCAGGCGGCGGGGGAUCAGGAUAAUAUCAUAUUCUCCCCACUGAGCGUGGCUGUGGCCCUGGGGAUGGUGGAGCUGGGGGCCGUGGGGGCUUCACUGGAGGAGAUACGACAGGCUGUAGGAUUCAGCCACCUGCUGCCAGGGGUGGAGUUCUCUCUGCUCCAGAACCUGACGUCAGCGCUGUCGGACGAUGACAGCCACUACGUGAUCCGAUUUGCCAACAGCCUUUUCCUACAGGAAGGUGUCACCUUCAACCCUGAGUUUCUGCAUCUGAUGCGGAAGUACUUCAGGGCCGAUGUGGAAACGGUAGACUUCAGCGAUUCGGCAGCCGUGGCCGAUCAGAUCAACAACUGGGUGGAAAAUCAUACUGAGAGUAAGAUCCGUGAGCUUCUAUCAGCAGACGACUUCAGCAGCGUGACCCGCCUGACCCUGGUGAACGCCGUCUACUUCAGAGGCUCCUGGAAAAACCAGUUCAGGCCAGAGAACACCAGAACCUUCUCCUUCAGCAGAGACGACGGCUCUGAGGUCCAGACGCUCAUGAUGUACCAACAGGGAGACUUCUACUACGGUGAGUUCAGCGAUGGCACCCAGGAAGCUGGCGGCGUGUACCAGGUGUUGGAGAUGCCCUACGAGGGGGAGGACAUGUCCAUGUUGAUCGUUCUGCCUCGGCAGGAGGUGCCACUGGCUUCCCUGGAGCCCAUCAUCAAAGCACCGCUGCUGGAGGAGUGGGCUAACAAUGUCAAACGGCAGAAGGUGGAAGUCUACCUACCCAGGUUCAAAGUGGAGCAGAAGAUCGACCUGAGGAGCACUCUGCAGGAGCUGGGAAUAAAGUCCAUCUUCACCAACGAUGCUGAUCUCUCAGCCAUGACAGAUGGUAAGGACCUGUACAUUGGGAAGGCCGUGCAGAAGGCUUACCUGGAUGUGACAGAGGAGGGGGCAGAAGGAGCCGCCGGGUCAGGAAUGAUCGCUCUGACCCGGACUCUGGUGCUGUAUCCACAGGUCAUGGCCGACCACCCGUUCUUCUUUGUCAUCAGAAACCGGAGGACAGGGUCCAUCCUCUUCAUGGGCAGGGUCAUGACCCCUGAAGUCAUCGAGCCCAACGACCAUGACUUCGACUCCAUGUAACCUGCCGUGUGAGCUCACUCAAGGUCCUGACGUCAUAAAACGCUACCUAUCCUUCUAUCGCCAUCUUCAGCUGUGUUUUAUACUCUUGAAAAAAAAAAUAUACAAACUGAAUAUAAUACAAUAUAUUAUAUAUUGAAAUAUGACAUAUGUGUUUUGAUACUGGAAGCUUUAAACUCCUGGAUACAGACAUGCAGGACGAGGAAGUUGUACAUAUUAUCUGGUGACGGAUGGUUUGUAUAUGAGAGGGAACAACACGUGAUAUGUAAUCCACGCACAACCCCUUUAAGUUCAGCAGCUUCACGCUCACUUACGCCCACACACACACGAGGCACAAAAAUAGUUUUCUCUCUACUUCUAAAAAUAUUUACUCUUUCUUACUCCGGAUACAGUACGUGCACACUUUAAGUUUCACACUUUAAUUAUAUCCCUGUACAUUUGACACUGUGUUCUAUGAAAUAUACAUAUAUAUAAUCAGUAUUUAUUGCAGAAUAAACAUGCAAACAUUUUGUCCCAAUACAAUGAAUCUUAGUAAUAUAUCUGUUCCAGACAGUACUCUAGUCAUUCUUACCACUGUAGGCACAUGGCUAAACUGCUGAUGAACUAAUAUGCCUUAUCACAUCUGAGUGGUUGAUUAAGGCCCAGCUGGGCAUCUCACAGGUGAGCAGAGGGGGACUGCGUAACUAAGGCGGGUUGCUAUAGAGACGGACUUGGGCAUGCAGGCGCACUGAUAAAGAUCUGCUGCACCGUUUUGGAUGUACAUACAGGGAGAAAAACGUAACACCAGCUGUAUUCAGUCUUUUACUCAAUAAAAACAUGAAUGUG